UACGGCUUUCCAGCCUGACCAAUCACCGCGCGAAUCACGGAGAUUGGCAUCUCCGCUAUCCAAUCGCAGCGCGGUGCGCUCGGACCUGUGUAAGAUGGCGGCGCGCUGAGGGGAACGUGAGGGCUCCGGUGCCGCCGCUCCCCGCUGCCCUCGCGCUGUGGCGCCUCCGGUCCCGCCGCUCCUCGCUGCUCUCCCCGGGCCGUUCUGACCGCGUCUUCUCCCCUCAGAGCCUCGGAGAUGUCGCUCCGUGCCGUGCUCAGGGCCGCCGCCUCGCUGCCGCGCUGCAGCGCGGCGCCGCUCCUCCCGCCGCCUCCUCCGUCGGCCUGCAUGGCCACGCUGAACCAGAUGCACCGGCAGGGCCGCCCCGCGCCCCCGGCCCGCAAGCCGGGCCCCACGCUGGGCCGCCCGCAGAUCAAGGGCGUGGUGCUCAAGAACCUGAUCCGAAAGCCCAAGAAGCCCAACUCGGCCAACCGGCGCUGCGUGCGGGUGCGGCUGAGCACGGGCCGCGAGGUGAUCGCCUUCGUGCCCGGCGAGGGCCACAACCUGCAGGAGCACCACAUGGUGCUGGUGCAGGGCGGGCGCACGCAGGACCUGCCCGGCGUCAAGCUCACCGUGGUGCGCGGGAAGUACGACUGCGCCCACGUGCAGGCCAAGAAAUGAGCCGGGAGCCCGGCCCGGGGGGGCCUGGGCGGGGAUGGGCCCAGCCUGCGUGUUUGAAAUUGGGAUUAAAGCGGAUUGGUGA